AUGGCUACCACCGCAGUGAAUGCUGGCUCAAGUGCACCUCCCUUGAACGCCUCUAUCGCUACUUCAGCGCCAUCGGCCGCCACCGACCAUAAUGCCCAGUCCCAUCUCAAGCUUACGGUUGAGUUUACGGGCGGACUCGAGAUACUCUUCAACAAUGUCUCACGGCAUCGGAUCACUCUACCUGCUACCAUGCCGUCAUCAAGUGCGACUACGCAGACAUCGCCUUCGGUGAAACCGACGACAGUUGGGUAUUUGAUCAAGUGGCUCCUCGAGAACCUCCUGCGGGAUCCAAGAAAGGAAUUGUUCGUCGUUGAUGGCACCGUACGGCCAGGCAUCCUGGUUCUCAUCAACGACGCAGACUGGGAGCUGGAGGGUGAGGACAAAUACGAGCUCAAGGAUGGCGACAAUAUCCUAUUUGUCUCUACAUUGCAUGGUGGAUGA